AUAACAUUUCACGUGAUCGGAAAAUAUCCUCUACACCCUGGACCUUUACCCGAAUAUGGUAGUUCUUAUGAUAAGAAAUUAAUUAAACUUCUUAAUCUGGAAUCUAAUCUAACAGAUAACGAUAACGAUAACGAAAAACCCGAAUAUUACUCUGUUGGCAUUUUAACAGUUAGCGAUACCUGUUCACGUGAUUCAACAAAGGACCUUAGUGGUCCUACUCUAAAAACUUUAUUUUCUGAGACUUCACACUCAAAAAAACCUUUUCUUGUUGUAAAAACUAAAAUUGUUAAGGAUGAUUCCUUUGAAAUACAAAAAAGUGUAAAAGAUUGGUGUGAUGUUGAAAUUUUGGAUUUAGUAGUAACUACCGGUGGAACUGGUUUUGGUGUUCGUGAUGUAACUCCUGAAGCUGUUCAACCAUUAUUUGAAAAAUCAUGUAACGGAAUUACUCAUGCGAUGAUAAAAGCAUCUUUAGAAAAAACAGAUUUUGCUGCUCUAAGUCGACCGGUUUGUGGAAUUAGAGGCAGCACUAUAAUUUUGACAGUUCCUGGAAGUCCUAAAGGUGCAAAAGAAAAUGUACAAGCUAUAUUGAAUGUUUUACCUCACGCUAUUGAUUUAGCUAGAGGUGAAACUGGUGAAAAUGUUCAUGCUAAAUUACGUGUUGAGAGUCACGAAUGCGUUCAUCAUGAUCAUAAACAUGGUGAUAAGCAUCAAUAUUCAUCUACUUCUCUUUUCGGUCCCGUCCCGCAGCGUCAACGUAAAUCACCCUACCCGAUGAUUUCUGUCACUGAUGCAUUAAAUAUAAUUUCCGAACAUAGCAAUAUUUUGUCACCUAUUAAAGUUCCUGUUGAUGAGAAUUUGAUAGGAAUGGUUUUGGCCGAAGAUGUGGUCGCUCGUCUACCUGUCCCAGGUUAUCGUGCUUCCAUACUCGACGGAUAUGCGGUUGUUGCAAGUGAUGGUCCCGGGAUUUAUCCCGUAAUUGGUGCGUCUAUUGCAAAUACUUCUCAAUUACCUGCCGAUAAAUUACUGCCUGGUCAAAUUGUCCGCAUCACAACUGGUGGUCCUGUGCCUCCUGGCGCUACUGCUAUAGUAAUGGUUGAAGACACUACCCUAAUACGUGCUUCUGCUGAUGGUCUUCAAGAGGAAUCCGUUGAAAUUCACGUUCAAGUUAAUGAUGGUGCCAACAUUAGAGAAAUUGGUUCUGAUACUAGCGUUGGUUCCAUUGUUGCGAGAAAGGGUGAACUUUUUUCGGCUGUAGGUGGGGAAAUCGGCGUUUUGGCCUCUGUGGGUGUAAAAGAAGUUUCUGUAUAUAGACGCCCAGUAAUCGGCGUUUUGUCUACCGGAAAUGAAGUUAUCGAUCACAAAAGUACUUCGGAAUUAAAAUAUGGUCAAAUUUUCGAUAGUAAUCGUCCUACUUUAUUUUCAAUUGCAAAAGCUACUGGUUUUGAAGUCAAGGAUUUUGGAAUCGUUGUUGAUGAUGCAAAAGAGUUAGAGAAAACGUUAAGCACAGCUUUAACACAGGUUGAUGUGUUAGUCUCAACUGGUGGUGUAUCUAUGGGCGAAUUAGAUUUAUUUAAACCUACUUUGGAAAAAUAUUUGGGUGCGACCAUCCAUUUCGGAAGAGUAAAAAUGAAGCCCGGAAAACCAACUACUUUUGCCACACUUCCAGGAACCUCUGGUGCUCCUGAAAAGUUAAUAUUUGGUUUGCCUGGAAAUCCUGUCUCUGCUACUGUUACUUUCUAUUUGUUCGUCUUACCUGCUCUUCGGAAAUUAGCUGGUUAUGAAAAUUGGAAUUCCCCUAUUUUACCUGCUGAGUUAACGGACAAGAUAUCACUUGAUCCUCGUCCUGAAUAUCAUCGAGCUGUGAUUUCAUUUGAUCACUCAAAAGGAAAAUUUAUGGCAAUUUCCACAGGACAUCAAAUUAGUAGCCGAAUGCUUAGUUUGAGAAGUUGUAAUGCUUUGUUAAAGUUACCAGGAAGAACUGAUCAAUGUAAAGAAUUAGAUAAAGGAUCUGUUGUGGAUGCUAUUUUGAUUGGGCAAUUAAGUUAA